AUGUUACAGAUAUCGAGAAAAAAACAGCGAUUCAAUUUCGAAGAUAAAAAUCGUUCUGGCCAGAGAUCAGUUUGGACAAUUACGUUACGUGAUUCAAUUCAAAGUACAAUUAAUGCUACUAUUUGGGGAAAUACGGAAUUUGUAAACAAACUCAGCGCAACGUAUCGUAUUGGCAGUGUCAUUGACGUGAUCAAUGCAAAGGUCCAAGAGCGGAAGCCAAAUGAUAAGAAUGAAGAAUUUCUACCUUCUGUAUCUAGUUCUUGUAGCCUUGUUGUCAAUGAAGGUGCAUCCUUGAUCCAAAAUCACGACGGCGCUGAUCGAGAAGAGUAUGAAGGUCUACUCAGUGUCCCCACAAAAAGUCUCUCAAAUGUCAAAAGCCUUCAAUACAUAAUGGAAAACAUGGAGGCAUUGAUCAAUCAAUAUCUUGAUAUCAUUGUCGUCGUUACUUUUAUCGGAGAGUCAAAAAAUAUUAUUACAAAAGACGGCCGUUCAAUGGUAACUCGUGACUUUGAGGUGACUGAUGAAUCGUGUGGUAAUACUACAGUGGCUCUUAAAUUUUGGGAGAAUGAUUGGGUUCAAAGAUCGGGUGAUUGGGAGCCAAAACGUACUGUUUUAUUUAUCGUUGACAUUCAAGUAGCCUUUGACAGGUUCAAGAAGAAAAAUACUAUUAUUAUCACCAGAAAAACUAUGAUUACGGAGAACCCAAACAUUCCUCAAGCUGAAGUUGCUAGAAAAAGUAUCAACACGGAAUCAGAGUACAUGCCAAAUGAUCCUUUUGUUAUCCCGAAACCUGAAACAAUUAAAAAUAUUAUGACGAUUAACGAAAUAACUCAGAGACUUAAUUCAAAAAUGAUGCAAGAUGGCGAAAGGGUUCAAUUUGUAACAGUUUUGUACGGACAGAUAAUGGAAAUGAAUUUGGAUGAUUUAAAAAUCCCUGUUUUGAUUGAACGAUGCGCUUUGUGCAAACGUUUGGUAAGUGGACCCCACGAGUCAUGUAUGAAUUUGAACUGUCCUUGUGGAAAUGGUAGACGUCCAGUCCAAAAUAUACUUAAUUUCUACGUAAAAGUUAAUUUGAAAGAUGAAACUGGUUACUUAGUUGGUUGUCGUUUGAGUGGAGACGUCGCGGAAAAAACAUUUGGCUGUACUCCCGAGGAAUUUAAAAAAAUGAGCUUUGAAGAACGCACUAAUCUGAAGUGGAAAUUCAUGACAGAGCAAGUUGAAAUCAAGCUUCAAGUCAUUGGACCAACAUCAACAUUUCCCAGGUCGCUCUACAAUAUUUUAUCUCUUAAACGCAUUAGUGACUCCAUAAGUUCUCAAGAGAAUUUUAACGACAAUGACAAUGACAACUAA